AGUUCGAACCUGGGCCGACUCAUUCUCUUUUUAUUAAGGACAUCAUCGGGAUCCACCACUGCAACUAUACUUAUAAUGUUUCAAACUGGUACUGACUUGGAGGGAAACCGAUCUACUGAAAGUACGCAUGUUGAUUCUCAAUUGAAUUCUCAAAUCCAGCUCCGCAUACUGGCACCUUCAAAAACCUCUUGCUUAGAAUCUGUCGUCGAUGUCUUUGAUUUUAUCAAGACAGUGGUUCACCUCACCCAGCUAGAGGCAGUGUCCCUCCUUGAAACUACACGGGUCACUGGUCGGCUUUUCACAUGAUCUAUUUGACUAGAACGUUAACCAGGGGCAAACUGCAUCGACUCUUACCCCCGAUCCUCUACGAUGUUCAGCUGGCUUUCGACCGCCAGGCGACUUUAUUCUGUUUUUGUUGGUCCUCCAUCUUUGGCCACGCCCUCCUCGACCAGCCCUCCGAUCAAGUUCGGUAUCCUUGGUGCAGCGAAAGUGGCAUCCACUGGGCUCAUUAUACCCGCCCUCAGUCAUCCCGAAGUUGAAAUUCACGCUGUAGCUGCGAGGGAUCCCAUACGAGCGGAGGCGUUUGCCAAGAAAUAUAAAUUGCGGACGUUUUAUGGAGGCGGCGACGCGUAUCAGAAGCUACUUGACGAUCCGGAGAUUCAGGCUGUCUAUGUUGCGUUGCCUGGCGGAUUGCAUUAUGAGUGGACAAUGAAGGCACUUGCAGCUAACAAGCAUGUUCUGGUCGAGAAGCCUAGUAGCGUCUCUUCGGAACAGACCAGGGAAAUGUUUGAGUUUGCUCAGAAGAAGGGACUGGUUAUUCUUGAGGGGUUACAAUAUCGAUUCUACCCUGCAAUUAUUCGUGCGAAAGAGAUCAUCGACAGUGGUGAACUUGGUGCCAUUAAAUCCAUCGAAACUAUAAUAACUGGUCCCCAAGGAAGCCUCAAGACUGACGAUAUCCGCUACACCUGGGAAAUCGGUGGAGGCAUCUUCCAAGACAUGGGCACAUACCCUGUCAACGUUCUUCGAUACUUCACGUCUUCUGAACCGACGUCAGUGCUAAGCGCAUCCUACACCGCACAUCCUAACGAUCCCAAGGUCGACCAAGCGAUGACCACGACUCUCGCUUUCCCGGGAGACGUUGUUGGUAGUAUCGAGUUAAACUUUGAGAUUCCGUACAAGUUCGGCCUCAUUCCGAGCCUACCGAAGAUGGACGUGACGGUGAAGGCUGAGAAUGGCGAGAUGACGGUGAAAUUCUUCGUCCUGCCCUUCGUGUAUCAUUCUAUCAACGUGAGUGUGAAGGACGGACAGAGUGGGAAGGGUGCAAAGAAAAGGACGGAGAAAGUGUAUAGCCCCACAAGUGUGAAGGGGCGUACACUGAAAGGAGAAGAAUGGUGGGCCUCAUAUCGCUACCAACUCGAAGCCUUUGUAGACAAGGUAAAGGGACGUGAGCCCGACACUUGGCUUACGGCGGAAGAGUCGAUUGCGAACUUGCAGACAAUCGAAAAAGUGUACGAAAAGGCUGGCUUGCCUCCACGGCCGAAGUCAACAUUCGCAUUCUCACCAAUUACCGACGAUUCAAUCGAGGCCAAACGUACUGCAUGAAUGGUGUGCGAUGGUGCUCACUUGUCCACUUGCUCUUUUCGUUUUGGGUACCCAAUGACUGUGGAGCGUUUUGCAAUGAUAAAGUCCUCAUGACCUUGGUCAAACAAAUGAAUAUGAACCCUCACGACAUGCAUGUGGGAGCCUUCAAGGUACUGGCGAGCUAUUGGUAAAGCGACCUUCAACAACCACUUUUCUGGUUUUCUUCUCUCAGUCUUCAGAUCCUUCCGUUCAUGUCGGGGUAUGCAAAUUGAUAAAAAUAGAAACACUUCCAGGACUUUUUCUCCCAGGGAAAAUGAAAAACUUCAGGACUCGCAGGAAAUGCUUUGCAGCUCCACUGGUCUGGAUCUCUACAGGCUUAUUUCUCUAUCUCUCUUGGUGUACUUACCGGAACCGAGGGAUUUCGCUCUCACGCACGCUUGGAAUCGCCCCUGGAUUGUCUAUUAGCACUUCUUUUGUCUAAGAUUUGUCGAGAACCUAUCGUCGUAUAUACGUUGUUAGAUGGACUUUACGCCCUAUGUAAGAAAUGCGCUGAAGUUCA